AUGAUUCAACAACACCCCCCUCCGGGCAUCUCGGCUCUCUUGAUGGAGUUAUAUGACUUAUCGCCAGCAGAAGUCAAGCAAAGCCGGCAGUUCCAGACCCUACAAAAGCCAGACUUGGACAAGGCCCGCCUCCUGGCCUCAAUUCCUAGUACACCCAAACCGUCUAUCCGACCCCUCCAUCUUCUCUACCUCUUCUUGACCGAGAUCCCUGGAGAGUGGCCGACGUUUGAUCUCAUCAAGUGUCAUACGCGACUCUACAAACUUCUCCCUGAGGAGGUCAGGGCAAACGAUAAUGGCGACUCAGCUUGGCUAGUGGAGGCCACCAAAGAGCUUGUGAAGAAGUCGUACACUUCCUUUUCCCAGUUCAUCGGAUCUGGCAACGAACCUGCUCUGCGAGCUACAAAUGCCGACAACUACAUCACUUAUCGAGGCCUGAACCAUUUCGUCAACAACUUUCAUCUGCCGAUUGAACCGUCUAAGACAAAACCCGUUGUCGCCAUUGCGCUCCCCAACGGUCCAAUCCUUGCAGCCACUUGUAUUGCAGUCACCACCUACUACACUGCAGCGCCCAUCAACCCAGCAGCCGGCCCUGAGCAGUUCCAAGCAGACAUUUUGCAAUCCAGAGCGAAAUGUAUCCUGACCACAACCGAUGACUACAAGAAGCUCUGCCUUGACGCCCAGUGGGUUGCGGAGAACAACAUUCAGAUCUUCAUCGUGAACUGGACUCGGGGAGAUGACAUCUGUGUGACCACAGUGGGUGGAGCAGGUAUCUCGACAAACGGCAUCACGCCUGAACCCAACAAAGCAGACGACAUAGGCCUGAUUCUCUUCACAAGUGGGACAUCGGGAACCAAGAAAGUUGUGCCCCUGACAACACAUUCGAUCAUUGCUGGCAUUGUCUUCGUGAUGGAGUCAUGGGGCCUAACUUCGCAGGACAUCUGCCUCAACAUGAUGCCUCUAUACCAUGUUGGUGGCCUGGUAAGAAACAUCUUUGCGCCAAUCUUCUCUGGUGGUUCGACAGUUUGUUGCUCUGCGUUUGACCCCAACCUCUUUUGGGAUGUCGCAGAGGAUAUUCAGCCCACUUGGUACUACGCGUCACCAUCAAUGCACUCUGUCAUCCUGGCCGAGGCAACGGUCCGGACCAAAGCCUUGGAGAACAGUCGCAUUCGCCUGGCUUGCAAUGCCGCGGGCGGUCUCCUGCCGUCUCUGGCCUGUCAGCUGCGCGAUACCUUCAACUGCGUUGUACUUCCUAGUUAUGGAAUGACUGAGUGCAUGCCCAUCUCUACACCCCCUCUUGACUAUCGCCUGGAUCGCGAGGGCACAUCUGGCAUCAGUACUGGUCCAGACCUUGCGAUUCUAGAUUGGUCAGAGGUCGUGGUUUCUAAUGGGUCAGUGGGAAGAAUUUGUGUUCGUGGUGAGCCAGUCUUCCCCGGUUACCUGAAGCCAGACGGCACGUACGAUAAGUCUCCCUUCAAUAAGGACGGCUGGUUUGAUACGGGUGACCUUGGAUACAUGGACAAUGAUGGCUAUCUUUACAUCACGGGCCGGAGUAAAGAGGUCAUCAACCGCGGCGGAGAGUUGAUCUCCCCGUUCGAGGUUGAGAAUGCCAUCAUGUCGGCAUCUCUGUCCAGCGACUCCCCGAUCAGUGGAAGGGUCAGCCAGGCUUUGGCAUUCUCGGCAUGCCACGACGUCCUCCAGGAGGUUGUUGCAGUCGCCUUGGUGACGCCUCCUAAUGUCCCGCGGGUUGAUCUCAAGGCCCUACACGGCUCUUUGAAGUCGUCUCUCCAGCAAGCCAAAUGGCCUGUUUUGAUCACCUACAUGGAUGACCUUCCCAAGAAGAACAACAAGGUCCUCCGAAUCAAGCUUGGACAGAGAUUGGGGCUGCCUGAUGUGAGCGAUGACACUCCAUACUUGGAACGGCAUUGGCAAGCGAUAUGCCCACCCCCUGACACAGCUCUGUCUGUCUCAAUCGAAUGCUCUGCUUGUUUAGUCGAUUACGCCAAUCUGUCCAGGCAGAUCCAGGGUCUUCUUCCUCAAAACACAGAGAUUUUCUGUCGGCAGGACCCGAAGGAUGGUGGACCUGAGGCCGUCUUAGCCCCAAGGCAAGCCGGUAUCGACGUGAUCGGGGCCGAACUGGUCAACGACAUUCGGCGAGGUCUGAGCACCGCGAUCGACAACUACAUGAUACCCAACCAAAUACACACAUUGGCUAGGCCAUUCCCAAGAAGUGGCUCAGGCAUUGUUGAUAUCGCUGAGCUGCACAAGGAGGUAGAGCGGUGCCUGAACGACUCCCUCAAGAAGUUGAGCGCGACCACAGAGGGACUGGUCACAAAAGCAUUCGCAGAAACAUUGUCGAUUCCUUCAGGAGACAUACCCCCCGAUGUUGACUUCUUUAGUCUCGGGGGAGAUUCCUUGGGAGCUGGCCGUCUCAUGUCGGCGCUACGUGCCCAGUUCAACGUGCAUCUGCCCAUCAGUCUCGUAUUCAACGAGGGAACUGUUAUGGCCAUUGCGACACACAUCGACAAAGUUUCGAGCUCGAGUGAAUCCGAUGACGAAAAGGCGGAUAACACGGCAGGCUGCACCAAGACCUGCAGCUCCACCAACCCUUUUCUGAUGUUUGUGCAGUUGAUCCCUCUGAUGGUCAUCUACCCCCUGAGGCGAGCCUUCCAAUGGACUGUCUUUAUGGUGGCUCUGGCAUACAGCCAGAUGCUCCCUACGAACGACUCGAUCCCUGGAAGACUCUUGAAUUUGAUUAUCUCAAUCUUCAUCUCGCGAAUUGUUGUUCGCUGUGUCGCGCCCUUCGUCGGUAUAGCUGCGAAAUGGCUCAUCAUCGGUCGCUAUCGGGAAGGUCUCUAUCCCAUGUGGGGAGUCUAUCAUACCAGGUGGUGGAUGGUUCAGAAGAUCACCAGUAUUUGCGGCAAAGGCAUCUUUAGUACGACUGAAACCACGGCGCGUAUGUACUACCGACUCAUGGGAGCCAAGAUUGGAAAGAAUGCCAAGCUCACUGGAGCCGCUCUUGGAGAAUGGGAUCUUCUCGAUAUCGGGGACAACACUAUCCUUUCGAGGUGUGUCUGCCGCCCAUUCGCAGCGGAAGGCAACACAAGCAUGUACCUGGGCCGUAUCAAGAUUGGAGCGGGCUGCUCGGUCGGUGUUUCUUCAAUCAUAGCACCAGGAUCCGAGUUGCCGCCCAACACUUGUCUCGGCUUCAACUCGUCCAGCUGGGAGAUGGAGGAUGCGGACGAAGCAUACCGCGACCAGUUGCCGGGCCAAGCCCGGAAACCUCACUGGCUACUGCAAUGCCUUUUCACGAUGCCUCUCAAGCUUGUCGCAUGGUUCUUGACUCUCCUUCCCUGGAUCGCUGGUCUGAUUGGCAUGGUCAUACAAAAACCUUCGGAGAGUGAUUCGCCACUACGAGGCAUCAUCGACUGGUUUGCCGAACCGGAGCGAGUAGGAUACCACUACCUUGCACUUGUCCUGAAAGCCCUUUUCGGACCAUUCUUCCUUUUUGGGUUCACAGUCAUUGUGAAGGGAAUUCUCGACGCAGUGUUUGGCAAGAUUGGUUCAGAUACUGCCCAACCCCAAGGCGCCGUCACUACUUGGAGAGCGAACCUCACUAAAGCUCUUUGCCCUGUUCCUCGACUCCACGAUGUAACCUCUAUGUUCGGGCAACAUUACGAGGCAACAUCCGUGGCCUUGAGAAUGUUGGGGGCAAAGGUCGGCGAGCGCGUGUACUGGCCGGGAACUGGCCCCAGCAUCGGUGACUACCACCUGUUGGAAGUUGGAAACGAUGUCGUGUUUGGCUCCCGAGCUCACCUGGUGACUUCUGACGGCCUCGGAUCCGAGAAGAUCGCGAUCAAAGACCGCGCCAUGAUUGCCGAUCGGGUUUGUCUUUUGCCUGGCGUUGAGGUUGGGGAGCGAGUGACCAUGGGAUCUGGCGCCUUGACACAACGAGGCAAGAGUUAUUCUCCAGGAGGGACAUACGUUGGUUCCAAAGCAGGCGACGCUGUUUGCUUGUCGACAGGUCGCGAUGUCAAGGAGAAGGGGAACCCUCGAGUCCGCAUCCAGCACAUGAGUAGUGACGAAACUUUGACCGGGCCUCGGCGUCAGACAGGGAACUCCGACGAUGACGCCCCCAAGCAGGACCUAUCGCCAUUUGGGCGCGCCUUUUAUCUCGGUCUCGCUCCGUACCAUGUCCUUGGAUCCUUUGCGAUCUUCUGUUACUCGGCAUUCCUCACCGUCUUCACUGCUUUCUAUUGGAACAUUCCCAGCAUAUCAUCUGUUCAGGUUGUGGACCUGGUCGUCAAACGGUAUCUUCGAGAAGGCUUGAGUGUGUGGUAUGAUCUGGCAGCGGUCUUCAUUCUGACCUUGAUCAUGAUUGCUAUCUUGACCACUUUUCAAGCUGUUUUCGCCCUCGCCAUUGUCAUUUGUUCCAAGUGGUCUUUGCUAGGCCGACGCAUGCCUGGAAAUUACGAUUGGGAUAAGUCCUCAUACUGCCAGCGUUGGCAAGUCUUCCUGGGCAUUGAGCGGAUCCGGCGACAAUGCUACCAGGGCAACGGUGUCUUGGGCCUUCUCACAGGAACCAGCUGGAUCGUGUUCUACUUCAGAGCUCUGGGUGCCGAUAUUGGAAAGGAUUGUGCCCUGUUCGCAAACGGAACGCCUAGCCUGAUGUUUACCGAGCCAGACUUGAUCACCCUAGGUAAUAGGGUUGCCGUCGAUGAUGCGAGCGUUGUUGGGCACAUCAAUACGCGUGGGAAAUUCGACUUGAACAGGCUUGAGAUUGGGGAUGGAUGUGUGCUGCGAACAGGUAGCAGGCUGCUGAGCGGCGCGCAGAUGAAGAAGGAGAGUUGCUUAUUGGAGCACACACUUGUGAUGGGUGGUGAUGUUGUUGAAGCAAAGUGGACUAUGCAGGGUUGGCCCGCUGAGCGGUUUACGCAGGAACGAGUUAAGGAGUAG